AUGAAGCUCGUCAUGAUUGCUGCGAUGAUUCCACUUGCAUCGGCGGCCGCUCCUGCAUGCACGCAAGAGAGUCUCGGGUCCGCGUACCUCGGGGCGGUCCAGCAAGCGGCGCCAUCGAUGGUCAAGUGCACGAUGGACAUUGGUCUUUCGCUUUCGGAGCUCGCAACAGGCAACAUGACGCGCGUGUCGUCCGAGACUGUCGACAAGUUCGCCAAGAGUCCCAACUGCGCCGCCGUCUUCACGGCGAUGCAGUCGGCGUCCAAGGCCGUGAGCCCACCGUGCACCGUCGCUACCAUGUGCGGCAAGUCGGUUACGACCGCCCAAGUCGCCGCCAUGACGUACGACCAGUACGUGCACGCCAACCUCCAAACGGCCCAGUGCACGAUUCCGGACCUGGUGACAAACAACGCGCCGACGGCGUUCUUGAGCCUCGUUGCGGUAGGUGUGGUCGGGCUGCUUGCGAUGAUAUAA